CCGGCAAGCGGCCAGCCAGCAACCGGCCGCUGUCCCCACCACGGCACGGCCUUGACGGCCCUCGCACGACUUGCACCGCCAUGGAACCGUAUCGUCGCCCGGGCCAUCGACCGCCCUUUCCUUGCUGGCCUUGGGCCACCCGGCGGCGCAGCACCUGCUGCCCUCCGAGGCCAAAUCCUUUUCGUCUUGCCCAUCUGCCCACACCAUCAGACACCCUUCCAUUCUCUUGAUCUUGAUUCUGUUAACUCGCCCUGCCUCCCCACCAUUCUCCAGGACGCCAACCAUCGAGCAAGAAAGGCGACCAGGAUCCUGAACACCACGCCUCUGCCACCCACAACUGGACCAAUGUGCACACACGCUAGCAGUGUCACCUCUUUCUUCUAGGCUCGUUCACUCACACGAGCAAUCUCCGACACACCUGGACAAAUCUCGACAUGGCAGUCCACAAGACUGGCGAGUCGGUCGCCAAGUUGCUGGGAAUCGACCCCGACGAAGUCGAGCACAGUGUGCCCGCCAACCUCAGGCAACGUGCCACGGAGGCCAUCGCGCCUCACGACCCCUUCUUCGAGACAGACCCCGAGGUCAAGGAAUGGAUCCUCGAGCAUAUUCCCUCCCGCCACGACAUCCUGCCUUAUCUCGCCAGCUUCUUCCCCUUUGCGGCCUGGAUCCGACGCUACAAUACUCGCUGGCUCGUGGGCGAUAUCGUUGCGGGCAUCACUCUUGGCCUUGUGGUCGUACCUCAGGCUCUGUCAUACGCCCUGCUCGCCAACUUGAGCCCCGAGUACGGCUUGUACACGUCCUUUACCGGCGCCUCUCUCUACUGGUUGUUCGGCACUUCCAAAGACAUUGCUAUCGGUGCCACUGCCGUCGUGUCUCUCCUGGUCGGCAAGACCGGCGACAAAGUCACUGCAGAGCAUGGUGACGAAUUCUCCCGCGAGCAAAUCGCCAAGACGCAAGCCUUCCUGGCUGGCUGUGUCCUCCUGCUCUUCGGCCUCUUUAGACUGGACUGGAUCAUUGAGUUCAUCCCCCACGUGGCCAUCUCCGCCUUUGUGACGGGUGCUGCCAUCACCAUCACGCUCAGCCAGGUGCCCACCUUGCUUGGCAUCACCGGCAUCAACUCCAAAGGACCUGCGUACGAGGUCUUUAUAAACGUCUGCAAGGGCCUGCCUCGAGUUCACCUCGACGCCGCCAUUGGCCUCAGUGCUUUGAUCCUCCUCAGCCUGAUCAAGUGGGCCUGCGAGCACAUGGCCAAGCGCCAGCCCAAGCGCGCUCGCAUGUGGAACAUGCUCUGCUCGCUUCGUUUGACUUUUACUAUCCUGCUGUACACCCUCAUCAGCUUCCUCGUUCACAUUGGCCUCACUGCGGAGAGUUCCAGAUUCCGCAUCUUGGGGACAAUCCCCCGUGGCUUCACUCGAGCAGGGCCGCCAACCUUUGAUACAAAGCUCAUUUCCGCCAUCGCGCCGGACUUGCCUGCCACCAUCAUCGUCCUCAUCAUUGAGCACAUUGCGAUCGGAAAGUCUUUCGCCCGCCUCAAUGGUUACACUGUCGUACCCUCACAGGAACUCGUCUCCAUUGCCUUCACCAACCUCACAGGACCUUUCGUCGGCGCGUAUGCCUCAACUGGCUCGUUCGGAGGCAGCGCAAUCCUCUCCAAAGCAGGCGUGCGGACACCCCUGGCUGGCAUCUUCAAUGGUUGCAUCCUGGUCCUGGCUCUCUACGCGCUCACUUCUGUCUUGUACUACAUCCCAAUGGCGAGCCUGUCCGCCCUGAUCAUCCAUGCGGUCGUCAAUCUCAUCACCUCUCCUGAGCACGUCUAUCAUUCCUGGCUCAUGUCGCCAUUUGACGCGCUCAUCUACUUCUGCGGUGUCUUUGUGUCAAUUUUUACUUCCCUCGAGGAUGGCAUCUACACCACGGUAGCAUUGUCAAUUGCCGUCAUGCUUGUCCGAGUCGCUCGCACACAAGCUCGAUUCAUGGGCAAGAUUGACAUACACAGACAUUCGCAGACACAGCAGAAGAAAAUGACGGCAGCGGCAUCUACACCAUCUCCCCCGUCUUCCUCUUCAUCGUCACCCCUCUCCCGUCCCGUAAUCGAUGUCCGACCCGCAUUCCUCCCCUUGGACCGGCACGACGGCUCGAACCCGGCCCUCAAGGUCGAAGCUCCCAUGCCCGGCGUCUUCAUUUACCGCUUCAGCGAAGGAUUCAACUACAUCAACCAAGCCCAGCAUAUGGACCACUUGAUCUCCACAAUCACGUCCGAGACCAGGCGCACGUGCCAGCCUGUUUAUGCACACCCAGGCGACCGGCCGUGGAAUGAGCCUGUUCCUGUCCUAACAACGAAGCUCUUCCAGGAAGAUUCCGGUGACAAUCCGGAAGACAAACUUCCCACGCUCAAGGCCGUAGUCUUCGACUUCUCAGCCGUCAACAACCUCGACACUGGCGCCGCUGAGGGGCUGGCCAUCGUGCGUGACCAGCUUGACGAGUGGGCCUACCCAGAUCCCGUCGAAUAUCACUUCGCGGCUGUGACCAACCGCUGGGCCCGACGUGCGCUGGCAGUCGCUGGGUUUGGGCGUCCGAGCAAGUACGAGUUUGGCCUGGAGAAAGAGUGGGAUCCCGUGUACAGCGUGGCCGAGAAGGGUGGGCUACACUGGCCGCUCGCGUCGUCGUUGUCCGUGAGCGACAGCCACGAGAACGCCAUGCCUGGCAUUCCUAGAGCAGUGGCGACAAAGACUGUCGCUGCUGAUAUCAAGACGGCACACGGCAGCGAGCAGACUCUUGUCGGGCUUGCGGCUGCCAAUACGAUUCCCAGUGGUCUGGCGGCUGUCCACGGGAUCGACCGACCAAACUUCCACAUUGACCUUGCUGCUGCUGUGGAGAGCUGCCUGCACAGCUUGGACCGGAGAUGUGGCAGGCCUAGCACAGUCUCUCGCGCCGGUGUGCUCGGGCUGGCAAUUGAUAGUGAGGGCGACGACACUACUUGAUUUGAGCGGUAUUCGCGACCUGUCCCUUGAUGUUUUGUGCUGUUCGUGUUCAACUUGGUUGGGUUCUGCUUUUGUAAAGUUCAUGAUGGCACAGCGCGGCAAAGAUACCAUUUGUUUUAGACCAUGUAGAGCUGGUUAGAGGUAGAGAAGCACAAGCAAGCGAGCAGAGUUUGUCACUAGAGAAUUGCAUCGGUC